AUGUUCAAGAACGACACCAAUUCGGCGGCGGGCCGCCCGCUGCUCGUCCCGCCAGUCGAGGCGGCGCCGCCUGGUUACUUCGAUUCCAACGAGGUGCGCGUCCUGGCGGUGACGAAGAAGUGCCCUCCAGCGAUGAAACCGCCCAAGGGCGGCUCGUUCCGCAUGGAGGACUUCCAGGUCUGGAAGACGCUUGGAGAGGGGUAUGCGUCGGUCGUCUACCACGGGUUUUGCAAGCGGUCGUGCAUCCCGGUGGCGAUCAAGGCGUACAAGAAGGUCCGGCUGUCGAAGCUGAACGACUUCCAGGUUCGGCGCGAGAUCGCGAUCCACAGCCGGCUGGAGCACCCGAACGUGAUCGACCUGCUGGUGGCGUUUGAGGACUCGCGGGCCUACUACUUGAUCCAGGAGCUGGCGGCCAAGGGCGACCUGUUCGUCAAGGUCCGGUCGAGCAGCGCGCAGCUGACGGAGAAGGAGGUGGUGACGAUCAUGCUGCCCGUGAUGCAGGCGCUGCAGUACAUGCACGAGCAGGGCCUCAUACACCGCGACAUCAAGCCGGAGAACAUCUUCGUGGCGCACAACAACCAGCCCAAGCUGGGCGACUUCGGGCUCGCGAUCAACUACCACGACGAGCGGCCCGUGACGCGCCUCGGCACGCUGGACUACAUGGCCCCGGAGAUCCUGCUGUGCCACACCAAGGAGAAGCCGACGGACUACAAGGACGACCCCGUGGCGACGUACGGCGCCAACGUGGACUGCUGGGCGAUGGGCGUCCUCGCGUAUGAGCUCCUCACCGGCCGCCCGCCCUUCCGCGGCGAGUCGCGCCAGGCCAUCUCGCAGUCCAUCAUGUCGACGCAGCCCAAGCACCCGCUCUGGGUGUCCUCCGCCGCCGUCGAGUUCAUGUCCAAGGCGCUCCUCAAGUCGUCCGCCAAGCGCCCCUCGAUGCUCGACCUCAUCCGCCACCCCUGGAUCACCACCUACAUGGACGAAGAGUCCCUCUGCAAGUUCCACGGCAUCGGACAGAAGGCCGCCGCCAAGGGACCCGCCGGGCAGCUCGCGGACGAGCUCACCGUCGACGCCGGGUCCAAGUCGUUCUCCGUCGGGCGCCUCGGCAAGGCCGCCGACGCAGACCUCAAGGACGCCCACCGCCGCGCCAACCCGGGCCGCCCCACGGCCGCCAUGCAGUCCGGAUCCGGGCCCCCGACCGAGGGCGGCAGCGGGCCCGGCAAGGUCGAGGCGUCGUCCAAGUCGUUCGCGCCCGGCAGCAGCGGCAUGCAGCGGCCCGCGCUCGGGUCCCUCAUGGGCCCGCAGUUCGGCACGACGUCGUCCAACACGCAGCAGAACACGUCGCCGUCCAACUCGGUGGGCAAGUCGGUGCAGUUCGCCGCCGUGCAGCAGGACGACGGCCUGCGCACCGUGUCGUUCACCGCGGGCGCGCAGGCGGCCAACCGGAGCGCCACGCAGCGCGUCAGCCGCCUGGCCAACACCACCACGCGCACCAACAACGGCGCCAUGGCCGCCAUCACGGAGGACGCCGAGGGCGACGACAAGCCCAAGAAGGUCGGCAUCAUGUCGAGGCUCAAGAACGCCAUGACGCGCAAGAACAAGAAGGAGGACGCACUCGGCGACGACAUGGCGGGGCUCGCGAUCGAGGACAAGGCCAGCCCGGUGGCGCGAAUUCACGCCCAGCGGCUGGUGCAGGGGUCGGCCAAGUCGUACAGCGUCGGUCCGCGGAGGAUGUAG